AUGAAGACAGUCCAUUCUUCACGGUCACACACCAAACCUUGCUUGAAGAAAGGUCCCCAAGCCAACAAAAGAAAGUACAACAAGGGGCAUGCAGCAUCCUUAUCUGUGAAAAAGAAGAGGACCAGCACCAUGGAAGAACCUAAAAGAAAGAAACCGGAGAGUGUUGACCUUUGCAGGGAAUAUGAUAUUCUCCAGCCCAAGCUACAGCUAUUCCAAGAGGCGACCCCAGAGGAGCUGUUGGCCUCCCUGAUUGCAUCUACAGGCCUCACUUUUGCAAGGGAAACAAAAAGCCACAACCGAUCCACUGCAGUAUACAUUUUCUUUUUCAGCAAUUCAUUUGGUGUCCCACCACACGAACUGUUCAACAACAAGCUGAAUGGAUACUUUAUAAAAAAGAGUGGAAAAACUUUCUGUGGUUUCUCUCUGGAACCAGUUAACAAACAGGAUCUUGAACCUCACAUUGGGAAAAUGCAACAAUAUAACCUGGCUUUGUCAGAAGAGCGUCUUCGUGUUGUGACAAAUGUGCUUUCUGAUUCCCCCUCACCACAGCCAAAAUCAAUUGCAACAUUGUCUAGGGAUGCUUGGGACAUGCUGAUCAGUAGUUCCACAAUCUACCACUGUUUGCGGUAUGCCCUUGAUUGCAUCAACACCAGGACAAGUAUUCCAUUUAGAACAUCAUUCAAAUUUGGUAUUCAAAUGACAGAAGAUUGCCACUCUAUUGAUCAAUACCGCAACAGGGCAAUUAAUUUGAUUUUGGUACUAUCCAAAUCUGUUGGAACUGACGAUCAUAUCUUGGAUCAAGAGCUAUCAAAGAUGCUUCAGGAUCAGAAGUCGUCCCCUAAGCAGUUUGCAACACUUGUGGACCAACUUGGCCAAGAUCUUCAAGUUCAGGAAGUGGAUCUGCUGGCCUCCCAUUACAAAGUCCUCCAGGAUUUUGUCGCCACUUUCAAAGAGAAUGUUACAGGACGGACUUUAUCAAAAAUGGCACUCACCCAUGGUGGCAAAGAAAAGGGGAAGUACUUUGAUCUAUGGCUGCCUGUCCUUGCUGUUGGCUUCUACACCACAGUGAUAUUUCCAAGGAAUGGGAAAGCAAUCUCCCAACUCAAACUUGACCUUAAAGAUAUUAUUUGCCCUGGGUCCAGCAAGAAACCUAAAGCAAAACCAAAACCAAAUGGUCACAGUUCCAAAGAUUCAAAAAAAGGGCCACCAUCUGGAGGGAAACCUAAACAAUCAAACAAACCAUUAACAUCAAAAGAUCUAUCCUCAGGAGUUACCAAACCCCAAUCUGCUGCACAAUCUGAACCAAAAUCUGACAGGACCUUGGAAUCAGAGUCAGAUUCAUGCUCUUCAUCUUCAUCAGAGGACCAAAGUACUGGGGUGUUGGAGGAGGAUGCUGAAUUUGAGAAUCAAGUGCCAUUUGAUGUUCAAUACCGUGUUCCAACAGGUGAUGAGUGGAAAGACUAUAAAACAAAGUUUCAUAUGGAAUGCUGGCUGCAUAUCCAGAACCCAUACUUCAACAUAAAGUUGGAUCUUUCAAUGCAAGAAACCUAUUGCACAUCAAAAUUUUCUAAAUACAGGCAUGGAAGACGGGUCAAGUGUGGGACCACAAAUUAUAAUCCCACAUCAGCAACUGCCACAAAAGGGUUUUUCUUAAUUCCCGAAUAUGCACCAGUCACAAUAUCUGGAGAGAUCCAGGUAUCUCAAGCAAUGUCCAGGGUUUGGAGAUCCAUGGCCUCUAUUCCCUCUUGGAAUCCAUUGUUUCCCACCAAUGACCCCUCAUUGCCUAAUGUGGAUCUAUCACUUCUGAUUAAUGGUGCUAUCUUCAUGCACAGACAGAAAUCCAAGAACUACAACCAAAAACGUUCCACAGAAGCCCUUCAAAUUCCAUUUGGACUAGUCAAUCGUAUGCGUCAAUGGUGCGGAUUUGAACUCCUGGAGUCAUGCAGGGAGCUUAAUUGUAAACAGAAGACAAUGUUUAUAACAGACCUUGGAUGCUUAUGUGAAAACAUAUUUGCUCAUAUGCAAAGGUUCCAGGAAAUGGCAGGGAAAAAACCACUCUGUCCAAAUCUUAACCGGGAUCAGAGAUAUGCUGCCAACUUUCGUAAGAAGCUUAGACUACCGAGGGAAUCUAAAAUGGGGAAGGAGGCAGCCUUUGUCACCUUCCAACCUAUUGGGCCAAAUUUGAUGCCACACAACCAUGAUCACACAGACAGAUUGAAUCCUAGUGAAGAAGGGUAUCAUGAGACUGGAUGCCAUUCACAAGUUGUGACAUCAAAUGGCAUUGACAUGUAUCUGUUUCAGGUCAUCAUUGCCAGUCGCAAUUGGAUAUCAAUAGAUUGUAAAAAUGGGAUCCAUCUUUACAAUCCAGUGGUAUGGGAUGAUGAUGAAGAUGAUGAGGAUGAUCCAAUUGAAGCAUGCAAUGAAAAUGUUGGAGAUCAACAUGGUCAUGGUUAUAGUGAUGCAGACAGAGAAUACAGUGAAGGAGACGAGGUGGAUACAGAUCAAGAUGAUGGAGAUCAAGAAGAAGUGGAGACUGAUGAAUACACUGGAGAAGAUGAGCAGGAAGGACCAAUGGAGGAAUAUUGUUCACUUGGAGAUCAAUUCCAAGCAUACUCUAAGCAAUGUUUGGAGGGGGGUCUAGCACUUCAUCAAUGCCAUGAGAAGGAUGGUGAUCUCAUAAAUUUUUGCUGCCCAUAUGUUCCUGUUGAUCUGCUGGUCCCUCUGGUGCAACUCUACCAUUCUGAAGUCUAUCAUGGUCACUUUGAAGACAAAAGGACAGCAGUACAGCCCUACUCCAGCACAUCCCUUGGGAGAAGAAAGACUGCAUUCCCACAUGCAGAAUAUUUAAUGUGCGGACCUGGAAACCUGCACAAGCAUGAGAUCAACCUGAUGAAUGCAAUUAGGGCUGCACUUGGCUCCAGAUUGGUUGGGGAUUCCUGGUACAUUGACUGUGGAUGCAUAUGGACAGUGAAUGGGAUGUACCAUCAGCCAUCCCACAUUAAUCACAGGAAGGCGCUGAAGCCAGGGCAUCAGGCUUUCAUUGGACACAUGGGUCUGACUCCAGAAGGUUCAUUGCUAAGGCUUGGCUUCCUGUCCAAAGAGGCAACAGACCACAUUGGCCAGGGGACUAAUGUUCCAUCCAAAGUUCAAGUUGUAGAGGGUGUCCUGUUCCUGCAUAUCCCAUUUGGUUCUCUUCUACUUAUAGAUGCUCGUCAGUUUCAUGGGGGACACUAUGGAUCCGACAAUCAAAAGAGAUUCCAUUGCAUACUCUCGAACUUCCAAUGGGUUGAGAACAACGAUGCUGACGAGCUGUGUCUACUUUCCCAGAGACUUGAAUCCGGAAACAUCAAAGCACCAAAAACAGGCCUUGAUGAUAUAGAGCAUGAAAUGAAAGAGUGUGUCGAAGCACAAAACCAGUCAAGGAAGGAUUACAUUGCUGCUUAUCUGCUUGCCAGGAGUCAGCAUAGGUCUGAUGAUGGCACUGUCAUCUAA